CCUCUUCUCAAGUCCCUAAAAGCUAAGACGUCCUCAUGCUCUGGUCCACAUGCCACUGAGAUAAGGAAGACAACCGAUGAUUCCAUAUCUAAAGUCCUAGACUGGUUUAACCGAAGUUCUCAUUCAGAUGACAAGAAAUCAUCUCUCGAAUAUUCCCAAGAAAUAGAGCCCAAAGAAAAAACAGACUCAAAGUCACGGAUUGCUGUUGCCUUGGUGACAGGUGAUAGCAGUCAAAAAGAAAAUGACUCAAAGGCUCUGUUAUCCACCAAAGUUGAAUUGACACCUGUGGGAUCUGAUUCAACAUUCCAGGUAGAGGAAAAUAUGCCUUUUGGAAAUGGCAAAAAUGUGAAUAUCAAACCCCAAUCUAUUAAUUUGUCCCCACAAGGCAAGGAAAGUCCAGGCAUACUGCAACCAUUUGAAAUCUCCAGUCCAAAUCAAGAGAGUAAAACUGUGGACUAUAGCCAAGGUUCAAAAAACGUAGGAGAAGGAAUUGGGGUACUUCCUCCAACCAAUAACUACUCCUACAGUGUUUGCAAAGGAUCUCAUGCAGAAGAUCAAGUUCCAUGCAACACUAAGGAUGUUGACAGUUUAGGUGAAGAAGAGCCCAAGCUUUGUGUUUAUGAAAAAAAUAGAAGAAAGUCAGAAGUGAAUUUUGACUCUUCAACAGUUACCGAACAAUGGAGUUUGAAAGACAACGUGAAGGCAGAGAGAGAGAGCAAAGGAAGAGAUAGUUACAUCCUAAAAGCUUCUUCAGAAUCACAGACCGUUGAGUCACCCCCUGAGGCUACCAACAAUAAAUCUCCUUGGAAGGAGCCUAAGGUCCAACUACAAGAAGCAGGUGAGGUUCCCCAAAACCAAGUGCAAAGAGAGAAAUACAAAAGAGUGAGUGACAGAAUAUCCUUUUGGGAAGGUGAGAAAGCUACUGCUAACUUAACUCAUAAAGAACCGACAUCUUCAUUUUGUCAGGAACGACUUUCUGCUAAAGCAUAUCAGCCUGUGAAGUCCAUGGACAGUUUAUCUACAGGCUGUAGUAAAUAUAAUAAUCAAGUCACUGCCAAACAAGUGGUCCUAGAUAAGGAUGGUCAAGCAGCCCAUCUCUGCCAUUUUUAUUCCUCAAAUAAAACUAAAGAGACCAGGCCCCAAAUAUCAGGUCCGUCCAAAAAUGAUCCUUCAGCUGGCCAACCAGGUAAAGUGUCUCUGUUUCAGAGUAAGACAACUGAGCCUAUAAGAAGAUUACCAGUGACAGACAGUUUGCAUUGUGAAAAGGACAUUACUUUUCCACCACUGCAACUUCCUUCAAAUGUUGGGAGUGAAAUACAUACCUCUUUGGAGAAAGACAGAUCUCUGAUUGGUGAAUGGAAUCCCAACUUUAAAGUUAUAUCCCUAAAAGAAAGAAUGGAUGAACCCAAUACAGAACAGGUCUAUAAUCACUCUCAAUUUGAGAAUUUGAGAAAGUUUUGGGACUUAGGAGCCAAUCCAAACAGUCAAGAUAAUAUUGAGAAGAAUACUACCACAAGCCAAAAAAAUUCUGUGCCUUUUAAUAGCCAGAAACGCGAAGAAUUCAGUGACAUUAAAUCAUCAGGAAAAAAUACCCAUGAAAGAGAGAUGCUUCUAAGCCAGAAAAGAGUUCCGGAAAGAGAGGAAAUAGAGAAAUUAAAUUCAAAGGGCACACUCCAGGUGUUACCAAAUGAAACCACAUUUCCAUUGAGACCACCCAGAAAGUCCACUCAUCAGUUGCCAGGAUAUGAGUCAUCAAAGGAAAACAUGGGAAAAAAUACAGAAGGGUUUGUUACUCCAGUGUUCAAGGAAGAAAAGGAUUACUCUGACCGAGAGAUUCAAGAGAUUCAAGAAUCCCUCGUGAAAACAAGUGUUUUCUCUAAAGACUACAGAGACGCGUUUAGUGACAGCUUACAGAAGCUGCUUUCAGAAGCCUCAUCACCAGUCAUCCAGCCCUGUGGUGGAAAAGUUCAUAAAAAACAAGCGCUUGAACCAGGUAUUUCUGAAAAUAGGACAUGGCCUCGAAAGACAGACUUUGCUGAUACCGAGGAAGAAGCCAAAAGACCUAAGGAGAUCGUUAAUGAGCAUAUAGACAAAACAGUAGCUCCUCCAAAGGUCAAUUCGAACACUUUGACUGCUAGUCUAGACAGACUCCUGAAGGAAGCCACUGGACCUCCACCCUCUCCCUCGCAAACCAAAUGUGAACCAGCAACCACUAGGAUCGACUCUGAGUCUGAAGAGAGUAGAGUUUAUGAAAAAGGGAUAGAAUGGAGUCAGAACACAUCAGCCUAUCAGAGAGAGAUACUAGCUUCUUUUCCAGAGGCAGGAACUUUGGGAAAUUCAGCUCUCUCCCAGAAAGCUCAAAGCGGUGAGUGCCAGCUAAACACGGAGAACUUGUUUCAGAUGGCUGCAGAAGGUUCUUACCCAUUGGAUCAACCUUCCUAUCACCACAGAAAGGGUUCUUCUGGGGAUGUGGCCAACACUCCCCAAGGUGUGCCUUCUUCUAAGGAUGCUCAUCUUGUUCCUCAGAAUAAGGCACUACCUUCUCAAAGGGUUUCUGAGACUGUAGAAAAAGUUCUUCUUCUACCCAAACCUGCACUGAAUGAUGUAAAGUCUGUAUUACAAAAGCUACUUAGAGAAGCUUUGUUGACUUAUCCAGUUGGGGAAGUAGUUUCUGGAGAAGUAAAAGCAGAAUUUCCUGAAGGCAUGCAGGUAGAAGGUAGCCCCUCAAAUUCUCUGGGAGUUAUCCCAUCACAGACUGCAAGGGACAGCAUAGUUCCAGACAGAAAGGAUUUGUAUUCCUUCAGUGUAGUUCCUGAUAAAACUCAUAAAGUUGGAUCUUAUUUAGCUGCCCAAAUGCCUCCAUCAGAACAAACCCUUAGCUCAUCUGCUUCUACUGUUCCUCAGGAUGGCAAAGCGUUAUCUCAGGAAGUGACAGAAACUGUGAGGGAAACAAUUAUUCAACCUAAAUCAGAGCUCCUUGAAUUCAGUGCUGUUUUAGAAAAACUACUGAAGGAAACAAUUGAAACCCCCUGCUCAAAAUAUGACAGUGAUACAGGGACUCUUUAUUCAUCAAAGUUAAUAGGUAGUACUGAGGUGCCCAGGCAGGCUGCUUCUGAAUUCCAUCCUAAGGAAAUAAAAGAAACAGUAGAAAAGCCUGAGGCUCCAUCAAUUACUGGGAGUGCUUUUGAGAUUGGCUUUGAGAAACUCCUUAAAGAAUCAUCUAACGGUCCUUCUUAUCAGCUCCAAGUGUCAGUGAAGGAAGAAACUCCUGAGAAGGAGCCUUCACAGUCAAAGCAGGCCAGGUUCUUGGGGAAAGUGCCCUCUUUUUACUGGACAGCCUUAAAGGCCUCGGAAAUGAAACUUAAGAGUAAUGUUUUCAAAUCUCAAGUCAGGCAACGUGAUAAAGUGUUGGGAAGAGACAAGCUGGCUGAUUUACCAAUAGAUCUCUGUGGUUUUGAAAGUGGGGUUGAGAUCCCUGGAACCUCACAACUUUCUGUGGACCAUGAAAUAGGGACCACUGAAACAAAACCCCCAGAGGACAGGAAUUAUGAAAGUGAGGUUGCAGUAGUUUGAGACGGGGCUUUUCAGGAGCUUGGUUUCAAAGAGGCUCCUGAAGCAAUGAACGUGCCCAGAAAUAGGCAACCCAUUCCUCUCCACAAAGAAAACUCUACAAAAAUAAGUAAAGUUGAAUUGAUUCUGGCAUCACCAAAUAAGAGACAAGAGAAAAAGGAAGAAAAAGAAGGUUUCUCUGACUCUGAUAUUUCAGAUGGAAACAUCAGUUCUAAGGCAGAAAGCUGCAGAAAUACCUCCAGCGAGCAUUUUGAAGUUUUUAACUGAUUGGUUAAUGAGUUGAUUUAUGUAAUGCUGACAUAAAGGAUGGUGUCGUUUUUAGAAUUGGGAUGAAUUUGACAAUCCCAAAUAGUACUAAAUUCUUCUUUGUACUUCAGUUCUCCCUAGAUUUUCUUAAUAAAAAACUACAUUUCCUUUUAUCUUCUUUAAUCAAAUGAGUUACCUAGAGAUAGCUUUACCCAUCAGGCAGUGUUUCAGAAUCUGACUUUAUUCUCACUGAUCAGUGAUAGAAUUUUUAGGUUUCAAAAAUAUUUUUUAAAGAACUUUUGGGGUUUAGAGAGUACCUCUAAAACAUCCAAGUGUGCUUUUCUCUUGGAGCUAAUUAGAAUUUCCUAAUUGGCAGUCCAUACAGGAGUCUCUAGUAAGAUUUGUGGCAAGAAACUCCCAUAUUGGUCACACAUUUCCCUUUUAAGAACAGUAGUUUACCACAUUAGUGGCUAAGUACCAGGAACAAAGUGCAAGGCUGGAAGUUUCCCUGAGAUACCUUGGGCUGUGGUGUUUCUGUUGCCACUCUCUCCCUCUUGUUUGCAAUUAUCUGCAGGAUCCUCCCCUUCCAGGGUAUGCCUCAGUCUGACGACCUCACCUGAUUCUACCUAUAAGGGCAUUGCCUGGCCUGCUGCAUUUCUUUGGCUCCAGCCUUAGCUAAGUGGAUGGAGAUCUUAAUCAAUUACCAUAUUCACCUAAGUGGACUUGGGCUUCUGGUUUCAGCCAGGCUAUAAAAGAUAGGGCUUGUCUCAGUUUGCUAUUCUGAGCAACCUGGCUAUUUUGGGAGAGAAACCCAGGAACAAAUAGGGAUUAGAAGUUAGCUGAUGAGAAUGAUGAAAUGAUAAAGGAUGCUCUCUGGCUGGAACAUUUUAACCAAAAUUGCAUAACGACUAAUGUUGAUCACCUUCCUUAGUAGAAAAUUAAUAGAAUUUGUCAUUUUCUGGCUCCCUUCAGUCUCAAUGAGAACAAAUGAGCUUUACUGAGUGGCUGAUUGGUGAGGUUUGGGCUCCUUUGCAAGUAGCUGUAGGGCCUAUUAUUGAAAAGUGACCAAAGAAUCCACCUUUAAUCCUAAGUAAUCAAGCUGAAGCCCCUUUAACAUUUAUAACUGGUGAGAAAAGGAAAAUGAAAUACCCGUCUCUCAAACCAGACAUAUGCAAGAGUGUUAAGGCAACAUCUUAAACUUGUUGAAGUAGACUUUUACUAAGCUACCCCAUGAGUUACUGGGCCAAAUUGACCUAUAGGAGGUGAAGGGCUUGUAAAUUUGCACUUACUUUACAGACUAUUGCUUAAUGUAUAUGGCUGUGUCAAAGUAUACCGGCGUAACUGAUUGAACAGCAGAAAAGCCUAUCUAAAAAAGAAAUAAUCAAUAUAAAUAACCACCCAGACAGACAGAGCCCAGAGAAGAUAUUUUAAAAUUAUAAGCCAAGUAGGAGGUAUAACAUAGUACAUAGUUUUGUAUCUUCUAACCUAAAUUAUUAUUUUUUAAAUAAAUGGGUGGGGGUGGAGUGAGAGUAGGGAAGAACCUGACAACAAGGCACCAUAACUUUGAUGAGCAGCCUAACAUGUUUGACUUGUGGCUGAGCUCUUAACCAACCAAUACCUCAGUAUGUUCCUUUAAAAGGGGGGAGGGAAUGCUGGGAGAUCGUGCACAUGAUUAGUACACUAAAGCAUAUUAAAGUCACUAAGAAGGUCUGCAGUAAGAAACCAUUUAAGUUUGAACACAGAGCGUCCCAAAUCUAAUUCAUCUUAGGAUCCAUUUACUGGAGAAUGCCUAUUAACAUUGGGCAGAACUGGGAUGCAUUUCAGGAAAGUAUUGUCUAGAGAAGUAGUUCUCAAAUUCAUCGACUCAUUAAUGGAAUCAUUCGUUGAUUUAGCAAACAUUUUCGAAGUGCCUGUUGCCAGCCACUGUUCUAGUCACUGAGACUACAACAGUGAUGAAUGAGAGUACUCAGACCAGGGCUUAUCCAUGAUGGAGUUUCCACUGUCAAAAUGGAACAAUUAAGGACUAUCUAGAGAAAAACUUUUAUAAAAUUAGAUGUAUUUAAAGAACUGUUCUUAUUUUCCGGUUAUGUGCUUUUUCUUCCUUUUUUUUUUUUUUUCCCUUGUGGUCCUAAAAUGCCUUUCCUUUUAUAAAAUAAAGGCAUUAGUAGAUAAUAGAGACCUCCCCCCCACACACACAAAUGCCUUAGUAAAAUAAAAAGUUGACUACCUCAUGUCAUUACCCAACAUUUUGUUGGAAAUUUCACCAGUUCAUGAAACCCAAAAAGCCUACAUUUGUUGAUCUGGAGAAUUCACCCAUCUGUGUACCCAAUUAUACACAGAUGUUAAAACAUCUGAAUCCUGCCUUCUAUGGUUUUCAGCUAAUUAUUUUAAUGCUUCUAAAACCAUUUUGUGGCUGUCUUCAAAAGCUAGAAGUGAAGGGGAAAGAUUCAAAGUCUGGCACAGAACAAAUCAUGUGCCUAAAAUAGAGGUGUAGAAGACUAAGAGAGCACAUUUCUAUUAAUGUGGGAAUCUUGUUAAUCUUGUUUCUGUAUCAUUUAUGCUUACAAAUAUUUCUUGACCAGGAAAGUUAUUUAAAGAAUAUACUAAUAUUCUUUAGUGGAGAAAUUUUAUUUUCUUCUGUUGGAGUGCUUCAUAGAGUGAAUAAAAGUAUAGAGGCUUAUGGCAUAAUGCCUCCUUUCAACCUACCAUUUCAGUGUCCAUUGAUUAUUAAGAGUUUGGUUGUUUUCUUUUUUCUUUUGUGCAGUAUUCAUCGGUUUUGUCUUG